CGGCGCUGCAGGGGCACCGGGUUGGGGGCUGUUCCCGCUGCAGAGCUGGGCUGCAGCAUCGAACUCCCAGUGUUGCCGGCGCUCCCUAGCGUGCUUGCGGAGACGGUGGUGCCCGUCGAGCCAUGGCAGCGGCAGCCCUCUGGUCUUGGUGCCUCCAGUUGAGGCUGUUGCUGCUGCCGCUGCUGCUGCUUUUGCUUCGGGCGGAUCCUGUGCGGCCUGACAAUAAGGUGUUUGGCAACCUGGACCAGGUACGGAUGACCUCAGAGGGCUCUGACUGCCGCUGCAAAUGCAUCAUGAGACCACUGAGCAAGGACGCCUGCAGCCGGGUACGCAGUGGGCGUGGACGAGUAGAGGACUUCUACUCUGUGGAAACGCUAAGUUCAGGGACCGACUGCCGCUGCUCCUGCACUGCUCCACCUUCCUCACUCAACCCCUGUGAAAAUGAGUGGAAGAUGGAAAAACUCAAGAAGCAGGCACCUGAGCUACUCAAGCUGCACUCUAUGGUGGAUCUCCUGGAGGGUACGCUAUACAGCAUGGAUCUGAUGAAAGUACAUGCCUUCAUCCACAAGGUAGCCUCCCAGAUGAACACGCUGGAGGAGAGCAUCAAGGCCAACCUGAGCCAGGAGAGUGAGAUGGUGAAAGACAGCAUACGUCACCUCAAUGAGCAGCUGAAGAGCUAUGAGAACCAGUCAGCCAUCAUGAUGAGCAUUAAGAAGGAACUGUCCAGCCUGGGCCUCCAAUUGCUGCAGAGGGAUGCUGCUGCCGUCCCUGCCGCUGCCCCUGCCUCAAGCCCUGACAGCAAAGCUCAGGACACAGCUGGAGGGCAAGGCAAAGACCUCAACAAAUAUGGCAGCAUGCAAAAGAGCUUCUCAGACAAGGGCCUUGCAAAACCUCCCAAGGAGAAGCUGCUGAAAGUGGAGAAGUUGAGGAAGGAGAGCAUCAAGGGCAAAAUACCCCACCCCUCAUCCAGACCACGUGCCCUGGCCCAGCAGCAGGCAGUGAUCCGAGGCUUCACCUACUACAAGGCGGGCAGGCAGGAGGCCAAACAAGAAGCACCCAAGGCCACGGCUGACAACACUCUCAAGGGCACUUCCUGGCUGGAGAAACUACCACCGGAGAUGGAGGCCAAGCUUCUGGAGAAACUACCACCGGAGAUGGAGGCCAAGCUUCUGGAGAAACUACCACCCAAGAUGGAGGCUAAGCUUCUGGAGCCGAACUCUGCCAAACAUGAUGAAGUCAUGCUGCAGGCUUCAGAAGGAGCCAGCUUGGCCCCUGACAUCUCCACUUUCACCCCAACUCCGAUCAGCACUCCCUGGCCCACUGAGCCACCUUUGCAUCCAGAAGGCCACAGCCCAGGUAGGGAAGGCAGCUGUGAGGGCACCCUCCGAGCUGUGGACCCCCCUGUGAAGCACCACAGUUACGGGCGCCAUGAAGGGGCCUGGAUGAAGGACCCUGCAGCUCUUGAUGACAGAAUCUAUGUCACCAACUACUACUAUGGAAACAAUCUGGUGGAGUUUCGAAACCUGGAAAAUUUCAAACAAGGUCGAUGGAGUAAUAUGUACAAGCUACCCUACAACUGGAUAGGCACAGGCCAUGUGGUGUACCAGGGUGCCUUCUACUACAACCGUGCCUUCACCAAGAACAUCAUCAAAUAUGACCUGCACCAGCGCUUUGUGGCCUCCUGGGCACUACUGCCUGAUGUGGUCUACGAAGACACCACACCCUGGAAGUGGCGUGGCCACUCGGACAUUGAUUUUGCUGUAGAUGAGAGUGGUCUGUGGGUCAUCUACCCAGCUGUGGAUGAGCAAGAUGAAGCCCAGCCUGAGGUGAUUGUGUUGAGCCGCCUGGACCCCAGAGACCUCUCUGUGCACCAAGAGACCACGUGGAAGACACGACUGAGGAGGAACUCCUAUGGGAACUGCUUCCUGGUGUGUGGCAUCCUGUAUGCUGUGGAUACUUACAACCAGCACGAAAGCCAGGUGGCCUAUGCCUUCGACACCCACACAGGCACUGAUGCUCACCUACAGUUGCCCUUCCUCAAUGAGUAUUCCUACACUACUCAGGUUGACUACAACCCCAAGGAGCGGGUGCUCUAUGCCUGGGACAAUGGCCACCAGCUCACCUACACCCUCCACUUUGUGGUCUGAAUGGGGACCUAUGUUCACAGGGGAGGGCAAGCAGAGGAGUAGGGGCUGCUCCUAGCCACUCCUGCAACUGAUAUCAGUAUCAACUGAGGGUGUCCUGGGCUAGGUAUUGGCUUUGAUGGCAGCCAAGGCAGUACUUCCUUAGCACCCAGCAGGUGACACUAGCUUCCAUUGCAGAAUGUUGUGCUGAGGGCUUUUCCUGCAUUUACCCUUUUGACUCUUUCCCCUGCUUCCCUUGGAGGCAGAGAUCCUUAAGUCCAUUGAGCAGAGGAGGUGACUGAAGCCCAAAGGGGCAGCAUCCCAGUUGUAGUAGGGCAGGCUGUGUUCUCACAAUAGCCACACUUUAUGGAUGAGAUGACCUCACCUAGUUCUUCCCAUCUCCAGGACCCUUCCCAGGACUCUGCAAAGCCUGAGGUCUUUGGGAACCUAUGCACUGAAGUUCUGCAGCUCCAGGUCGCUCUUCUGGUUGAAUGCCCAUGACUUUGAGCUUAGAGCCUCUUGACCUGUGGUCAGCCCCUGUGCUCUCCUCCCUACUCUCUGACCACAUUCCAGAAGUUCACCAUCACAGCCACAGAGCAAGAGCCACACCCUGAAGUAAGCACUGGCUGGGUCCAUGGCCCUCCCUCUGUGGCUACUUCUUGUCUUCCUGUUCCUUGCACAUUUCUCACCAGAUGAGAAGGUAUAGGCAGCUCAGCUGCGGCAGAAUGGGGUGCUGGCCUGAGCUCCCCCCAUCUCAACUCCUGUACCACCCACUAGGCCUUGGCUCCUUCCCUAUCCCUUCCCUUGAGCCUGGAGUCCUUUAUGGGCCUUCAAAGCUAGUCUGCUCACACUCAGGGAUUGCUAGGAGUAAGGCCUUUGUCCCUGGAGAGGGUGGCCCCAAGAUGGAACAGGCUCCCUCUUCCUUGUUGAUCCUGAUCUGGUCAUUUGGUGGGCUGGUCCAGCAGCCUGGGAAUCUGGGGGAGACAGGACAGAGGGGUUCAAAAGAGACCUUGGGCCUUCUCAGGUUGCAGGACAAAGCCAGGAGGUGGUCUUAGCACCAGGAUUUUCUUUGAGAUAGGACUUGCGAUUGUGGACAUACUAGUGAACAUGUAUAAGCUACCCUACAGUGGGACUGGCAGCUGUCCUGGUGCUGCUUGUGGCUCACAGCACCUACAGACACAGACAGCUCUGAGAACACGACCUUUCAAGCCAGCCUAUGGCUGCUUUGGACAUUCUUUUUAAAGCUGUAGAGAAGUUCUUUUGCCCAUCUCCUCUUUUUAACCAAAGAAAAUAUAGGUCCCAACAGUUCUAGAAUAUGGAGUGGAGUCAUAUAGGGCAGGACAUAGCUGAUCUCAUUUGGAAAAGCCCUAUACCCUCCCACCUCAGAGACAGCUCUGCCUGCAAAGAUAACAGACCCCAACAGCACCUUUGAAGGUGUCUACCACUGGACCCUGGACCCUUCCUUACACACUGUGCCUGCUCCUAGGCAAUCUGCAGUGGAUACCAGCUGCCCCAUUAUGAAAUCCCACUGUGCAGCAUUAGGUAGGGAGAUUCAGGUUCUGUGCAGACUUCAUUUCUUCCAGACAUUGUUGGGUGAUGUUUUGCUUAAGGAAUAACUCACCCUUGAAAUAAAAAGGGACAGUGACACCCAGCCCAGCCAAGUCUGACUCAUAGUGGUAGCCACAUCCAGCUCCCCCACCCAGCUGACCACCACAGGCUCCCCUUCCAGCCUCUUCAGAGGACUUGGAACCCCCUUGUGCCUGUGUACACCCUGACCUUUCCCUUGGCCCUGGAUGUGGGUUUUUUUUCUCAUGACUGUGUUUUGUGAUGUCAUAGCCCAACCAUGUGAGAGGUGCUCAGGCAGCUUGCAGCAGUCUGAGGAAAGAGAACACUAGAUCACACUGGCUUGAAGAGUAAACAUGUGGCAUAGUUUCCAGGGGUGGGACACAGGGCCUGCCAUAGAGCCCAGUCAUUCUGCAGGUCCCUUCUGUUUUCAAAUCUUUGUGUGUUCUGUGGUAAAUACAGUUCAUUUCCUCAUCUAUAGAUAGUCACACUGGAUCCCAGGUGAGUCGCUUGUCACAUAGGCUGGUAAUGGAAGAGCCAGGUUUCCACAUCAGGUAACCUGUCACUGUUAUCUGAGAACCAUCAGUGUGCUGGACAUACUGUGGAAAGAAAUGGGCCCAUGGACAGGUGAACACGAUUACGUGGAAGAAUUUACCUAAGGUCACACAGCAGUGUCGUUUGGCAGAGCUGGGGGUUCGAGGCUGCUCAGAGCAUGCUGUCUGUCAUCCUUAUGCCAUGUUGGUAGCAAGCUCCAGAAGUGCUGGCAGUUGCAGUCAGUCAAGAUGGCCAUGGGAAAAGCCCCCCAAAAGUCCAGCUUGUGCAGAGCUUUGAAUGGCAAGCCAAGGCAUGGACACAUCUAGCCAUGUCUAGAACAAAACAGUAUAGACUAACAGAGCCCAGCCAAUCCUGACAUGGAUUCUAAUUGGAUUUUAUCCUUUGGUGAUGAAAAGCAGGGAAGGAGUUUUGCUGAAGAGCCUUAAUCUGCCAGUUUGUGAGCUCUAAAGAAAAUCUGCUCCCACUACCACACACACACGCGCGCACACACACACACACACACACACACACACACACACACACACACCACUCAUACUCACAUACACACCCAUGUGCGCACUCACAAUACCUUGGUGUGUUAUGCUGGGCAACAGGUACUUCAUAGGCGGGACCUGGACUGUGUAGAACCGCCCACUCACCUUUUGUGAAGGCAAACCGUCGCCAUAGGUGAAGGAGCUUUGGCUUCCAUCAUGGAUUCCUCUCCAGAGAUUGCCAAGUGUUGGGGGUGCUAGGCAAGUGCUGGAUCACUGAGUCACUCCAUCCUCUUGGUCUUUGACUCUUAGCUGCACUCCAGAGGAGAAAGAAGGGGAGCUCCACCCUGGGGCCGCACAGGAGGAGGGACGACUGGGGGCUCCUGCAGAGAACUUUAUUCUCCCUUCUGCAUCAGAGAAGUCUUGCGGUGCUGCGCACUGUGUGGCGGUCGGAGAGCCCAGGUGCAGGAGGUGGGAGCCUGCCUCUCCCAUGCUGCCCUUCCCUCAGGCUGGGUGGGGUAUGAAGUCCCUGAGACAACUGGGACCAAGGAUUAGCAGGGGCCGGGGACUUCAGGAGAGCUCCCAGCACCUUCCAGAAUCGGAAACCACCUCGACUUGCAGUCUCACUCACUCACCCAGCCUGGAGCUCCUAGGUUUCUCUCGUUUCAGGUUAUGAACCUCAAGUUCAGAGAAGCUGAGCAAUGUGCUCAGGCCCAGGUAUCUAGAUCUGAGCUAGGUCUCUUUCAACCAAAGCCCCCAACUAACUGUUGUAAGUGGUCAUGUUUUUGUCUUGGUUUGGGCCCAUAGAAAGCUCAAAGACAAGUUUGAGAUCAUUUUAAACACUUUUAUGGAAUUUAACCAGCUUCAUUCUAGCCUUUUAUAUGUACCUUUACCCUGAUUUACUUUUAUUCUACUGUAUUUAAUCUAUUUUAUUAAGGUGCCACAAGAUCUUUUUGUAACAGUGUGGAAUAUACAUAAAUAAAACCCAUGACUACAGCUGAA